CGCAGGCGCAGAUGCAAGGGGACAGCGUGCGCUAUCUGAACGAUUUGAACACGUGGCUCGAGGGAUUCGUCACGGACGGAACAGCCAAAAUCGAGGGGAUGGCGGCGAAUGUGGCCACUAUCAGUGCCGCGUUUGGUGCGCAGGGGCAGGGGCAGAACCCGCUCGACGAGAUGCGCCAGCUGGCGGAGGAGAUGCGCUCGCGGGACCAGAAUACGGCCGCAUUACACGAUGCGGUUGGAAGGUUGUUUGGGGAGCUAGGUGGACAGGGUGGCGUCGGCGGCGUGCAACAGGUCCUUGAGAUGCAACGGCAGAAUCAGGAGGUGCUAGUGCGCUCGCUGGCGUCGGAGCUCACCAAGGAGAUUCGGGACGAGCGUCUGCGUUUCGUCGACGCUAUGCAGGAGGCGACGUCUCUCAAUGUUACUGCCCAAGUCGAAGACUUCAAGCAGCAGAUGUCGAAGGAGGUCCGCGCCAUGAUACACGACGUCCAGCGACUGCACGCCGAGCGGCAGGCUAUGCAGAACCAGAUCGCCGACCUAUUCAGCUUCUAUUCGAAGUAUGAGAAUGAGAAAGGUGGCCCGCCGGAGCAACGACCGCCGCCAAUGGCUGCCAACCAGGUGAAUCACCCUCGCUACGUGGUUAACGGUCAACAUGCCACGCUGCGUCGAUGCUGAGCGCUUGGGCGGCGCGUCUUCAUUGUCAAAGUAAUACUAGAGUAGACGUCGUAGGGUAGUCAAUCAAGGCUGGGGGUUGACGAGUA